AUGAAAAUUUUGAAGGGGACUUCAAGCAGAAGCACCGAGUCAGAGGAAAAUAAAGGGGAUGAGAGAAUAGGAGGGCCUUUGCUUACCAUAGGGGAUCUGCUUAGCGACGUUGGGGAGGAAUCCGGUGAAGCGCUUGAACACCGUCCCCGCCGUGAUGCCACUCUCCCACCACAAUCACUUCUUGAUUCCGUUGAUGCCUUAUCUCAAUCCUUGGACCUCAUCAAACUCUUCCAGGAAAACUUCGAGAAAUUGAAGGUGGCACUCGAUGAUUCAGAUCAUUCAUGGACAGCUCUAACUUUAGAGCUAUGCACUGCUUUGGAAACUGCAAACAAGUUGGUUCAGUCCAGCGACACAAAUGUUCGAUUGCUUUCAGAGAGGGUGAGGGAAUUUGAGAGGAUCAUCAAGAGGGGAGAUUCUGCAGUUACAGCGGCCAGAGCCAUCUCCAUCUCCCUAAAGCAGGGAGGAGGAUCGUCUGUUUCUAGUCAAAACCGAGAAAUAUCCAGGUCUCCUUAAUGGCAUUUAAAGUCAUUGACCUUGUCUUCCACUUCUUGGAGGCGGUUUGUUUCUUGGAAAAGGUCCCAAAAUGAUCCAAGAAGAAAUUCCAACCUUUUCCAAAUGAACUUUUGCAUUGUGCAUUUGGUCUAGUAGAGUUUUGUUUGAUAGUGGGCGUUUGCAAUUUGUUGUAGAGCCUGCUAUCCCCGUUCAUACACUGGGCCUGAAAUCUCAUAAAUCCAACUUCGAGCUUUGAACGCUGA